AUGAGGGAGAUCUUGCACAUCCAGGGCGGUCAAUGCGGCAACCAGAUCGGCGCCAAGUUCUGGGAAGUGAUCUGCGAUGAGCACGGCGUCGACAGCACCGGGAGGUACAGCGGCGACUCCGAUCUCCAACUCGAGCGCAUCAACGUCUACUACAACGAGGCCAGCGGCGGGAGGUACGUCCCACGCGCCGUCCUCAUGGACCUCGAGCCGGGGACCAUGGACUCCGUCAGAUCCGCCUCUGUUUUAGAUGCCAUGUCGAUUGCUUUGUUUAUCACUGAUUGUUCUGAGCUUGAUGUUCUAUAA